AACUAGAGUAUUCAGGAAAUAUGGAGCGACGCUUGAACAAAAAACGCCUCACCCCUGUUAACUUUCUGGACUGCCCAAAUGUCUAACCGUCGGGUUUGGCUCAUCACCGGUGCCUCUUCCGGAUUCGGGAGAGAAAUCACUGAGCUCGUUCUCAAGAAGGGAGAGAUUGCGGUAGCGACUGCGAGGAAGCCUGAAACUCUCGACGACCUCAAGGCUAACUACCCACCAAGCCAGCUCCUGGUACUCAAACUCGACGUCAUCAAGCCCCAGGAGAUCAAAGAUGCGUUCUCAAAGAUCAAGGAAGCAUUUGGGAGGCUCGACAUCGUCUUCAACAACGCGGGUUACGGCCUUUUGGGAGAGGUGGAAGCUACUCCCGAGGACGCCGCUCGAGCAAUGUUUGAUACUAACUUCUGGGGAGCCAACAAUGUCAGCCUAGAGGCUGUGAAGUUCUUCAGGGAGGUGAACAAGCCGGUCGGAGGAAGGUUAAUCGUCAACUCCUCUGUGGUCGGCGUUCACGCGACCUUGGCCAUGGGUUUUUACUCCGCCACGAAGCAUGCUUUGGAAGGUGUAACCUCAGCACUGGUACAAGAGCUUGAUCCAGAAUGGAACAUCAAGGUCACCAUUGUCGAGCCUGGAAAUUUCCGCACCAAGGGUGUUGAUAAACUGGCCGAUGGCACCUACACCCAUCCCGCGUACACGAAGCCAACGCUUCCUAGCGUUGCAGUAAUUGCAUACCUCAGCGAUGGUAAACCAAAGGGCGCUGAUACCUCCAAGGCAGUACAGAGGAUUCAUGAUUUGGCUGCAGAUCCCCAGCCUUCCCUUAGAUUCCCCCUUGGGAAGGAUUCACUCGAAAUGGUUAAAGGAGAGGCGAAGAGCAUCCUGGAGGACGCUGCUAAGUAUGAAUCAUGGUCCGAGGGCUUAGAAUUCGAUGCAUAGAUAGUUACCCCAUGAAGCUCGUGUCCAUAACGUAGUUUGUCGUUUCUUUGGAUCGGUCGGAUUGCCGUUUAAACCCAAAGAUCGGUUCAUCAUCAAUGCUUGAUGUCAUUGAUAUGUUUCGUUUU